AUGCUGCUCCCUCUCCGUCGCCUCUCCGGCCACCUCUCCCGCGCCGUUGCCGUCUCCGUCUCCGCCUCCGCCGAUGUGCUGCUCCCGCUCCGCCGUCUGCCCGGCCACAUCCGCCGCUCCCUCUCCACCGCCGCCUCGAACCCUCCCUGGGCGAUGAUCUACCGCUUUUCGGAGACGCCGAACUACACGCGAGGCGCGUCCUUCUCGCUCGCGCCGCCGCCGUCGGCCACUCUCUUCUCCAUCCCCGAGCGGGCGUACGACCCGGAGGAACGCAAGCGCAACCCCGACCGCAGGUACGUCAACGUGUACGCCAGCGUCAUCUUCGCCGCGAGCCAGGACUGCCAUCUCCUCCUGAAGACUACGAGGAUCCGUUUGAGCGCCCACACGGCCGCGGGGCUGAACCUGGCCCGCCCCACGGAACAGGAAGCCGAGGUGGUCAUGGAGGAGGCCGUCGAGAAGGAGUUCGUGCGCUACGUGUGCAACCCCGUUACUGGCCAGCUGGUCCGCCUUCCGGACUACUUGGGCAUGAAGGAGAUCUUGCAGACGGCCACGGGCCUGCUCACCCAAGCAGACGGCGGGCACGGGCCGCCUAAGAGGUACGCCGUUGUUGAGCUCCUAGAGCUCAACGGCGAGGGGCGCUUCGUGGUGUUUUGCUUCUCCUCGGACACAGGGAAGUGGGACGCAAUGGUGCGGCCAUCUCCGCUGCAGCCUGGGCGCGAGAUGCGCUUGUUCAAUCACGAGGUGCUGGCCUUUGGUGGACGUCUGUGGUGGGUGGAUGUGAGCUUGGGCGUCCUCUCCAUGGACCCGUUCAGUGACAAGUGUGAGCUCCGCCACGUCAAGCUGCCUCCCGGCAGCGCCCUUCCUCGCCAAUCACACGCAGAGAUUUGCGACCUUAUCAAAUACAGGCGCAUGGGUGUCAGCGACGGGAAGCUGCUGUAUGUCGAGGUUUCCAUGGAGGCGCCCUACCAGAUCAGGUCAUUCGUGCUGGACGACGAGAGCGGCCGCUGGGCGUUGGAGCACCAGGUGUCACUGGAUGCCAAGGAGAGGCCUUUGGUUGGUGCGAUUGAUCCGCUCAACGCUGACUUGCUGUACCUCAACUUGGGCGCUGAAGUUACUGUUAGCGUGGACAUGCGCCGGAACAGGAUCAUUGCUCAGUCAUCUGUGUUGGCCAGUGGUAUCCAGCCAUGCUAUUGCGGGUCAAAUGUGUUCUUGCCAUGUGUGCUUCCGUCAUUUCUGGGAUCAAGCCAGAUUCCAGGCAAGAAGGGUGCCCCAAAACAGCAAACUUUAGCUGAUGUUCUGGUUCGUGCAGACAAAUGCUAG